AUGAAUAAUCCUAAUCAUGAAAAUGAAAAUAUUGUAAAUACAUUUCAUAUGGUUAAUAAUAAAAACAUUAAAGAAGAUAGUGACUAUAAUGAUUCAUUUAUAGAACAUUUAUUUAAUGUAAAUAGUGAAUAUAAUUUUGGAGAAAAAAAAAAUUUAUACGAACAUAAAGAAUAUAACAACAAUGAAUAUAGAAAAUAUAUAAACUCAAUAAACGAAGAGAAUAAUAAUAGUUAUGAUGAAAAAAAAGAGGAAAAUUAUGAUUAUGAAUAUGAAUGUAAUUAUGAAGAGGAUGAGGAAGAGGAAGAAGAAGGAGAAGAAGAAGAGGAAGAUGAUGUUUUAAAAUAUUAUUCUGUGGUUAAAAAUAAUAAAAUCAAUGAUGAAAAUUUACAGAAUCAAAUUGAUAUAUUGUUAAAUUUUAAUAAAAAAAAUGAAACUUAUGAAGAAAAACAAAAAAAAUUGGUAUUAGGUUCUCUAAAUGAUGAUGAAAUUGAUGAUAUAUUAUAUGAAAAAGAACAAAAUUUUUUCAACAAUUUUAUAGAAGAUUUAAACAAUUUAAAGAAAAAUGGCACAAAUGAAAAUAAUAAUACUAUGAACAAUGAGGAUAAUAAAGGAAAUGAGAAUGAUGACAUUAACUCUGAAAUUAAUAAAAUAUACGAAAUUAAAAUUGUUGAUUCUAUCAAUAACAAAAAUAUAAUAUUUAACGAAAAAAGACUAUUAGAUAUUAACAAUAUAAAUUUAAACAAUAUUUUAUACUUUUAUUUUUAUUCUAAUAAAGAGUAUCAAUUAAAUAUAAAAAAUGAAAAUCAAAAUGUGUAUACUUAUGAUUCUUAUAUAUUUGAAAAUAAUCAAUUAAGUGACAUUUCAAGCAAUUUGAAAUCAUCAGACACUUCAAAAUCAAGCAGCAUAAGUGAUGAAGAUCUUUUAAUGUUGAAAUAUGAUGAGGAUGAAUAUGAAAAUGAUGAAAUAUACCUUAAUAAAAAAAAAAAGAAAAAAAAAAAAGAAAAAAAGAAAAUAAAAAAAAAAAAAAAUAAUAAAAUACUAAUAUCAACCGAACCAACAAAAAUGAAUAAAGAAGUAGAAUCACUAAUGAAUAAAGCUAAUAAUUGUUACAUUAGUAAAAACUUUGAUGAAUGUAUAAUUAUAUUAGAAAAGGUUAUUAAAUUAUCUCCAUGCUUACACGAUCCUUUUCAUUUGUUAGGAUUAAUAUUUGAAAGGGAAUUUAAAAAUUUGAAGAAAGCAAUAAAUUAUUAUUUGAUUGCAGCACAUUUAUCACGUAAUGAUUUUUUAUCAUGGUACAACAUUAUUGAUUUGUGUAAAAUUGAAAAACAGUAUAACAUUAUUCUUUAUUGUUUGUAUAAAGUAUUAAAAUUUUAUAAAAAAAAAAAGACAAAAAAUAAAAGUAAAAUGAAAUAUAAUUCUAAUGAAGAAAGAAAAAAAAGAAUCACUAAUGAUUGCUUUGAUAGUGAAAAAGAAAAAACAAAUAUGAAAAGUUUAUAUGAAGAUAAGGAUGAUGAUGAUAGUGAUGAAAAUUAUAUAAAUGAAUUUGAUAAUUUUAUGAAACAUAUAUAUUUUAAUAUAGCAUUUACAUAUAUUUUACUAGAAGAUUAUAAAAAUGCUUUAAAAAAUUUGCUUUAUUUAAAAAAUAAUAAUAAUUCUUACGAAAUUAUAGUUGAUAUAUAUAUUUGUAUUUGCUUAAUUAUUAUUAAAAGUCCAAAUGAAUGUUAUAAUUUUUUAAAGAACAUUUAUUUAUAUAUAAUUAAAAAUAAACAAAAUAAUAAUUUCUCUUAUGAAGAAAAAAAUGUUAUUUCUUUAUUUAUGCAAGCGCAAAUUUUAAAUAAUAAAUACGAUGAAUGUAUUUUUGUAUAUAAAAAAUUAACAAAAACAAACAGUUAUAUUCAUAUAGAUAUAUUUAUACAAUUUAUAAAAUCAGUCAUAAUUAUUGGAAGUAUUGAUUCUCUUUAUUUAAUUAAAUGUUACUUUUUAAAUGUUAUUUCUGAUAAUUACUCGAGUUAUGAAGAUUUACUUUAUGCUUUAGCUGAAUCUUAUUACACCAAAAAUAUGUAUGAAAGUGCUAUUUACUUUUAUAAAGUAAUAUACAAAAAAAGGAAAUAUAUACUGAAAAAUAAUAAUAAUAAUAAUAAUAAUAAUAAUAAUAAUAAUAAUAAUAAUAAUAAUAAUAAUAAUAAUAAUAAUGAAAAUAAUAAAAAAGAAGAAAAAAUAAAUAAAAAUGAAAUUGUAAAUAUAAAUACUAAUUCACAUUAUGAUAAUACUAUUUCUCUUGAAGAUGUUAUAAUAUUUGAUAAUCAUGUAAAUUUUUUAAAUGUGGUAUAUAAGUUAGUUAAAAGUUAUUAUUACAUUGAAAAUUUUACAAAAGCUGAAAAAAUUAUAUUAAAAAUACUGAAUAAUGAAAACAUAGAGAAAAAUAAUAUAGAAAUAGAUAUAAAAACUUUAUACAUUGACAUUUUAUACAAAUUAAAAAAAUACAAUAAGUCUAUAAAUGUAUUAUUAAGCAUAAAAGAAAAAAAACUACGAUUUAUUUGCUCAAUACCGAAACCAUUAAGUAAUAAAGAAAGGGAAAUAUUAUUACUAAAAAUUUUAAAUAAAAAAAAUAAACUAUUACUAUAUACUUCUCAUAAUAACUAUAUUAUGCAUAUAUUUUAUGUUUAUCAAAAAAAAAAUAAUAUUUAUUACAAAUAUGAUAAUUAUAUAUCAAAUAGAGAUAUAAAUGAUAUUAUUCAAGUUAAAGUGAAUAUUUGUUUUUGUUAUUUUUGCGUUAAAUAUAAUUUCUGCAUUUUAAAUUACUUGUAUUUAUAUAACAUAUUAAAUAUGUUAAAUGAUAAAAAAAAUUUAGAAAAAAAUAGAGAAAUAUUAUUAAGUAUAUAUAAAUUGAGAGAGUAUCUAAUUUUUCUUAUAUCAUCAUUCAAUAUUUUUAAAAAAAAAAAUAAGGUAGAAGAUUGGAUUAUAACUUAUAAAAAUAUUAAACUAAUGGAUAACAAGUUAUUUUAUAAGGAUAUACUAAUAAUUGAUUUAAAAAGUUUUAUUUCUAUUAAUAAUGGUGAAAAUUUAUUAUCCUUAAAAUUAUAUGUUAAUAAAAAUGAUAAAAAUAUAAGAGAAUUCCUUAAAAAUUUGCAUAAAUAUAAAUACAACGUAGAAUCAGAAAUAAUGAACAGUAAAAUAAUCAUGAAAUUCUAUAAAUUCAGUUACAACUUAUUUUAUUUAUUAUAUGAGUUAGAACAAGAUUUUAAUAGAAUACAAACAUACAUGGAGAAAGAAAACUUAAAUUUUAAAAAAAAAAAAAAAUUUAAUAAUUUGUGUGCAAAAAAGUUAGAUGAAAAUAACUUAGAUGUAAGUUUUGAUAACAACAAUAUAAAUGAAGAUGAUAAUGAAAUUUAUGAUUCUUUGAAUCUAAAUUUAAAUAACUUAGAAAGUUCAUUAAUAAAUAAAAAUAAUAAAAAUGUAAAAAGAUACAGAAAAUUUUCCUUUUUACUUAGUAAAAAAAGACUAAAUUUUUUUACAUUUGAAAGCUACUUAGGUUUAUAUUUUAGUUUAUUAUUUAUUGAAGAAUGUUUUUUUUUAGUUAGUAUAAUGAAUUUGUAUGAAGAUUCCAUACAUAUUUUAAGUUUAUAUUUAAAAAACAGAAAAUCAAACAAAAUGAAAUUUAUAACAUACAUUAGGUCCAUCAAAAAUGAAUUUAAAAAAUAUCGUAAUAAUCACAAUUUAAUAAAUUUGAAUUUUUAUUUUUUUGAUAAUAUAUUUACUAACACCAUUAAGGAAGAAAUGAAAAACGAAUAUUACAAUCUAAUGAAAAUGAAUAAAUAUAUUGAUUGCAAAUAUUAUAUAUUUAGAAUAAAUUUAUUGUUAAAUAAAUUGUAUAUAUCUAGUGGAAACUAUGAAAAACAAAUAAAAUGCCUGAAUGAUAUAUAUAUAUUUAAUAAAAAAGAAAAAGAAGAAUACAAAAUUUUAAAAUAUUAUAGCGAUAUAAUAUUGACUGGGAAUUUUUGUCAAAAUUUUUUAACAUCUAUUUCAAAAUCAAAAAGUAAAAAUAUCUUAGUUAACUUUAGAUUAUUUUUAGUUAGAACAUUACAUUAUAAAAAUUCAAAUCCAUUUUUAAUUUAUUUGAUUGGGAACGUAUGUAAUUUAUCUUGUAUGAUUGUGAAUGCAGUACAUGAGUAUACAAGAGCUUACACAUUUCUUUUGAAGAACAGAAAAAAAAAUAAAAUGAAGUUGUGUAAUUUAAAAGAAGGUUUAAUAAAAGUAGAUAAAUUUGAAAAAAUUGAAAAAAAUGAAAAUUUUGAAAAUUAUGAAAAUUAUGAAAAUUAUACAAAUGAAUAUGAUGCAGAUGAAGAUGAAUAUGAAAAUGAAAAUGAAGAUGAAAAUGAAAAUGAAAAUGAUGAUGAAGAAAAUGAACAUAUAAAAGAAGAAAAUUACAACUAUCAAAACUUGAAGAAAGAAGACUUAGAUAGUUUUGAUGAGGAUAGUUUUCUCUUUACUAAAUUAAAAUUGUGCAAUGAUAAAAAAAAGAAAAAUGAAUACAUAAAUACUUUUGAGAAUAUAUGUGAUAAUAUUAAUUUCUUAUUUAGUUUGACUACAUCUUAUUUUAACUAUUCAAGUUGCUACAGAGUGGAAAAUAGAGAAUCUGUAAUGAUGACUUCUUUUUGUUUAUUAAAUGAGUAUAUAUCAAAAAGAUAUGAACAGAAAAUAUUAAAAAAAAAAAAAAAAUAUAAUAAGUAUUCAUUAUUUUAUAAAAUUUAUAAAUAUAUUUAUUUAGCAGAAAUUUUAUAUAAUCUUGGUCGUGCAUUGCAUCACUUAUCAUAUUUUAAUGAAUGCAUGAAGUUAUAUUUUAGUGUUAUAGACUUAAUAAAAAAAGCUGAUAAAGAAAUAAAAAGAGUUACAAAAGCAAAUAAUUUAAAUAUUCAUGAAAAAUUUAUCUAUAAUUAUGUUAUUAAUAUGAAGAAAUGUAUGUGUUAUACAUGUUUAAAUUACUCAGGUUAUAACAGUAAAACGUAUUUUGAUAAACUCAUAAAUUAUUAUUUUAAUUUAAAUACAAAAUAUUCAAACUUUUAUCUCCUUUUUUUUGAUAAAAAACAUUUAUUAUUUUCGGCUUCAUAUAAUUUGAGUGUAAUUUUUAGAAAAUUAAAUCGUUAUGAACAAGCGAAAUCUGUACUAAAUAAUAUUAUAUGGGAUUAA